UGCCGAUGGAGAACAGAACAUGCGAAGCACAACGCAGCCAAAGGUCCAGGUACGUCAGGUGUUCGCAAACGCAAGGCAAGCAAAGGGGCUUUGGAGCAGAGCAGCGGCGACAGUAAUGGUACCGUGGAUGUGUCCGGACGUCAGUCCGCAAACGGGACCUCACAGCAAUGGCUCCAGAGAGGAACACACUGUCCAAACCGGCAAGGAGGAAGAAAUGUGUACACACUAAUUCUAGUGAUCAUACUGUCAUUUUCCACGAGACUUUAUAAAAUCCUGGAACCACCUCACAUAUGUUGGGAUGAAACGCACUUUGGAAAAAUGGGAAGCUAUUACAUUAACAGAACUUUCUUCUUUGAUGUUCACCCUCCUCUCGGCAAAAUGCUGAUAGGUUUAGCUGGCUACCUCACAGGCUAUGAUGGCACCUUCCCUUUCAUCAAACCAGGAGACAAAUAUGAGAAUCACAACUACUGGGGGAUGAGAGGAUUCUGCGCAGGCCUUGGGUCUUGUCUGCCUCCAUUUGCCUUUGUUGCGGUUCAGGAGCUUUCUGGCUCUCCAUCAGCUGCCUUCAUCUCAUCUGGACUUCUCAUCUUUGACACAGGCUUCGUCACCCUCUCUCAGUACAUCCUCCUGGACCCUGUCCUCAUGUUCUUCAUUAUGGCCUCGGUGCUUAGCAUGGUCAAGUUCCAUGCACACAAGCACAGGCCUUUCAGUGUUUCCUGGUGGUCUUGGCUGCUCCUGACUGGGGUGAACCUGUCGGGUGCUCUAGGAGUGAAGUUUGUGGGGCUUUUCGUCAUCCUUCUGGUUGGGAUUAAAACGGCCUUAGAUCUGUGGGACCUACUGGGAGACCUCACACUCUCUCUGGUGGAUUUUGGGAAGCACUUACUUGCCAGGGUUUUUGGCCUGAUCCUGCUGCCCCUGUUCCUAUAUAUCACCAUAUUUGCUGUCCAUUUCGUCAUCCUCAACAAGAGUGGUCCAGGAGACGGCUUCUUCAGCUCCUCCUUCCAGUCCAGACUUGUGGGAAACAACCUGCACAACGCCUCCAUGCCAGAGUACCUGGCGUUCGGUUCUACAGUGACCCUGAAGAACCUGCGCAUCGCUGGGGGGUACCUGCACUCCCACUGGCACCUCUACCCAGAGGGGGUCGGAGCACACCAGCAGCAGGUGACCACCUACCUCCACAAGGACUAUAACAACCUCUGGCUGGUGAAGAAACAGCACCACACUGACGAUCCUACGGGAGAAGCUCCUGACCUUGUCCGGCAUGGUGACGUCAUUCGACUGGAGCACAAAGAAACCACUAGGAACCUCCACAGCCACCUGCAUGAGGCUCCCCUGACGAAAAAGCACCUGCAGGUCACAGGAUAUGGCCUUAAUGGCACAGGAGACACUAAUGACCUGUGGGUGAUAGAGGUGUGUGGGGGACGGAAGGGAGAUCUGGUCAAAGUGCUUCGCAGCAAAGUCCGCAUCCUGCAUCAGUCCACAGGCUGUGUCCUAUACUCCUCUGGCAAAACACUGCCCAAAUGGGGCUGGGAGCAGGUAGAGGUCUCCUGUAGUCCGUACCACAAGGACACCCCCAACUCUCAGUGGAACAUCGAGGACCACAUCAACCCCAAAUUACCUAACAUCAGCUUUGCGGUGUUGAAGCCCUCCUUUCUGGAAAUCCUUCUGGAGUCACAUAUUGUCAUGAUCAGGGGGAACAGUGGCCUGAAGCCCAAAGACAACGAGAUAAACUCUAAACCCUGGCACUGGCCCAUCAAUUAUCAGGGCUUGAGGUUUUCAGGGGUGAACGAGUCUGACUAUCGUGUUUACCUGCUGGGGAACCCGGUGAUCUGGUGGCUCAACUUGCUCUGUUUGGGGCUGUACGUUGUCAUGGCGUUUGUUGCUGCGGCAUCCAUUCAAAGAGGAUUCAAUCUGGAUUCUAAAAGAAGAGGGCACUGUGGUGUGCUGAUGAGGGGUGGAGGCAUGCUGUUCCUGGGCUGGCUCCUUCACUACCUGCCCUUCUACACCAUGGGCCGCAUCCUCUACUACCACCACUACUUCCCCGCCAUGCUCUUCAGUAGCAUGCUAACAGGUAUUACAUUGGACACUUUGCUGCAGAAUACAGAUCUACUGUUCAAACCAGCACUUGCUCAGCAUCUACAGAGGGGUGGCCAGACUCUUCUCCUGGCUGCCAUUCUCUACAGUUUCUACCUGUUCCACCCUCUGUCCUACGGAAUGAGGGGCCCGCUGGCUCAUGACCCGUCCAGCCCCAUGGCCAAGCUCAGGUGGAUGGACUCCUGGGAGUUUUGACUCUGACACUCUGAAAGAGACUGAGCGCUUUUCCAACUGCACCAAGGACAGCCACACAUGCUAGGAACAGCCCUUAUAACUUGAUCAGAGAUGGUCACUCAUGAGGAACAGCUUUCAUAGCUGGACCAGAGAGAGAGACAGAUUCAUUUGUCAGAGACAGUAUUCACAACUGGACCAGAGAGACAGAUUCAUUUGUCAGAGACAGUAUUCACAACUGGACCAGAGAGACAGAUUCAUUUGUCAGAGACCGUAUUCACAACUGGGCCACAGAGAGAGAGAGACAGAUUCAUUUGUCAGAGACAGUAUUCACAACUGGACUGGAGAGAGAGGCAGAGUCAUUUGUCAGAGACAGUUUUCCCAACUGGACUGGAGAUACUUGUUAGAGAGGGCUGUUCUAAUUCGACCAGGGUUAAUCACUCUCCAGAUAGAGAGAGAGAGAAAGGGAGAGAUUGUUUUCUUAGCCACUUGGACCGGGAAUAGACACUCGCAGACAAGCAAUUAAGUCUCAUUUGCUGCUGAUCUGUUUUGCUGUAGAUGACAGAAUGUGUGAUAGUGUUCAAUUUUCAGAAUAGAUUGCAAACAAGCAGAGUAUUUUGUUUUUAUAAACAAUGGUGCAAAACAUAUCACGUUACAGUCAUACAUAUUUUUCUGUCACAAAUAUUUAUCAUGGAAAGUAAAGUAUUUUAUUGUAACUGACUAGGUAGUUGCACACUGAGACUUUGAUGUUGUUCAGUCACUAGGUCUUGUGGGAAAUGUUUUGUCCAGAUAUCAGUAUACCAGGUUCACACACUAAACUCAACUAAACUUAUUUUUAUUAGAACAGUGAAACCUGAAAACAUAGUUUACUUUUACAUACUAGAACUAAAAAAUGAACUGAAGUAUUUUUAUUGAUUUUUAUAGGUACUCUUACAACAGUAGCCAAUAACUGCUUCAGUAACCACAACUGCUUCAUGUUGUGAUCAAAGUACUGUAGUCACAAUAACACCAAGUGCCUUCCAUGUGGUACUGUAAACAUUGAAUGUGAAACAAUAAAUUAUAUGAUCUGUGAAAA